AUGGCCAACCCCCGAGUUGAAGAGCUUCCCGACGACGAGACCAAGACCAAGCCCACGGUCGAGGAACAGGAUUCCAGCGAUGAGUCCGAUGCUGAAGAGCUCGGCGAUGGAUCUCUCCCCGCCGGUUCUACUGCUGUAGUCCACUCUCGCUACGAGAAGAAGGCCCGCAAGGCCCUACUGGAGAAGGGCAACUUGGUCCGAGUCCCUGGCAUCACCCGAGUCACUCUCCGCCGCCCCAAGAACAUCCUCUUUGUCAUCAACAACCCCGAAGUCUACAAGUCCCCCAACAGCAACACCUACAUUGUCUUUGGUGAGGCUAAGAUCGAGGACAUCAACGCCACCGCUCAGCAGGCUGCCGCCGCUCAGCUUGCCCAGGCCAACGCCGAGGCUGAGCACGCUGGCCACAACCAUGAUCACGACCACGACCACGAUCACGACCACGACCACGACCACGGCAAGGAGGGUGAGGCUGAGACUAAGAAGGAGGAGGAAGAAGAGGAUGACGGUGAGGAAGUCGAUGCCGAGGGUCUGGAGGACAAGGAUAUCGAGCUCGUCAUGACCCAGGCCAAUGUCAGCCGCAAGAAGGCUGUAAAAGCACUAAAGGAGAACGACAAUGAUAUUGUCAACUCCAUUAUGGCAUUGAGUAUCUAA